GACCGGUGCCUUGGGAGCCGCCCCGGAGCUCGGCGCACAUGCAUGCCUGCCAGUGCCCAGAAGAUGACCAGGCUGCUCCUGGGGGUGACCCUGGAGAGGAUCUGCAAGGCAGUGUUGCUGCUAUGCCUGCUGCACUUCGUCAUCAUCGUGAUUCUCUACUUCGACGUCUACGCCCAGCACCUGGACUUCUUCAGCCACUUCAGUGGCAGGAACGUCUCCCGGGCCCAGCCCUCCUCGAGCACCUCCCGGCCCAACAGCACCGCCCCCAGCUGUGGGCCGGCCGGCGCUGACCCAGCCCCCAGCGCCAACCACUCUGGCACCGAGAAGCCCUUACUGCCCUGCCAGGAGGUGCCGCCUGGCUUAGUUGGCCGGCUCCUCAUCGAGUUCAGCUCGCCCAUGAGCAUGGAGCGGGUGCAGCGGGAGAACCCAGGCGUGAGGGAGGGUGGCAAGUACGUGCCCCCAGACUGCCAGCCCCGCCAGAAGGUCGCCAUCCUCAUCCCCUUCCGCCACCGGGAGCACCAUCUGCCCUACUGGCUGCAUUACCUGCAUCCCAUCCUGCGCCGGCAGAAGGUUGCCUACGGCAUCUACAUCAUCAACCAGUACGGUGAGGACACCUUCAACCGGGCCAAGCUGCUCAACGUGGGCUUCCUGGAGGCCCUGAAGGACGAGGACGACUACGACUGCUUCGUCUUCAGCGACGUGGACCUGGUCCCCAUGGACGACCGCAACUUGUACCGCUGCUAUGAGCAGCCGCGGCACUUCGCCAUCGCCAUGGACAAGUUCAGCUUCAGGCUGCCGUACGCUGGCUACUUCGGGGGCGUCUCAGGCCUGAGCAGGUCCCAGUUCCUGAAGAUCAACGGCUUCCCCAAUGAGUACUGGGGCUGGGGAGGCGAGGAUGACGACAUCUUUAACCGGAUCUCUCUGAACGGCAUGAAGGUGUCGCGCCCCGACGCCCGCAUCGGGAGGUACCGCAUGAUCAAACAUGAGCGUGACAAACACAACGAGCCCAACCCACAGAGGUUCACCAAGAUCCAGAACACCAAGGUGACGAUGAAGCGGGACGGCAUCAGUUCCCUGCAGUACCAGCUGGUGGAGGUGACGCGCCGGCCCAUGUACACGAACAUCACGGUGGACAUCGGCAAGCCGCCCCCACGCCCAGCCCGGGGCUAGCACCUUCCCCCAGCCCACGGGAGCUGGCCGUGCCCUGGCAGGGGAGGCUCUGUGCCCUGGGCUGGCUGGAUGCGGAGCCGCCUUGCCCUGGCCCAGGGGUGCGGAUCGAACCAGGACGUGUUCGGCCCACUCUGUCUGCCUUCUGGGUGUGGCUGCGUGCCAGAAUCCCCCCUCACAGCGCGGUGGUUAGCCCUGCCCCGCGGGCCGGGGACAAUGCAGCAGCCCCCCACUAUCCAAAACGGCCCCAGCCAGGGGCCUGUGAGAGCUUCAGGCUCUGGCUAACAAACCCCAGCCCUUGACGAGGAGAUCCAAGCACUGAACUCCGUCUGCAGCUUCCUCGGGACAGGGCAUGCUCUGCGCUGUGGUCCUGGCUGGGCGUGUCACCCGCAGGGUCCAUCGCUGCCCCAACCGGCUCAGUCUGGGCCGGCGGCAGAAGGGGCUCUGUGCCUUGCGUGUUCAGCUCUAGCUGGGCCAGGGCUCGUUUCUGUGGGUGCUCGCAGGGCUCCUGUGGGGCAGUGUGACUGGGAGAGGGGCCAGUGCCCUCCGCCUGGCCCCGUCAGGCUCCCUGCCACCUGCUCCCCCUCCUGCCCUGCCCUGUGGAUGCCUUGCUCCCAGCGGGGCACAGGGCUCUGAGCACAGACGCAGCCCCUCUCGCUGUCUUCCUCAGCUGUGUCAGGCCAGGACACCUGGGUCCUAAUCUCAGCUCUGCCCCAGGGGCAGGCCUUGGGCAAGUUUUGUGCCUCAGUUUCCCCCAUACCAGGGGCUCAUGGGCUGGCUCCUCCCGCACGCUGUGGCUGUGUGUGUGGGUGUACUGUAUCCUUGAGAGACUUCAAAGGGACUAUUCCCAUCCUGGCCCUGCCGAUGGGCUACGCUGAGGGUGUCACAAAGCAGGGGAGCCCUUGUCUGCCCCGCUCACUCCCUACAACCCCACUGUGCGGAUGCUCCACUUAGCAGGGGAAGGUGUCUCGCAGCCUGGGGAGGUGGGUCACACCCAAAGGGCUGCUUCUGGAAGGAAGGUUGGCGGCUCUGUGGAUAUCCCCAGCUGUGGGCGGGGGCGCAAUGCAAGCCUGGACCCAGCCCCUCGCCCGCUGUCCCCUGGUGCUUCCUGCCAGGCAGCCCUGCGCCUCCCCCGCCCGCCGACUCUAGCUGUGCCUGGUGCUGCACCCACCCAAGGGCCCUUUUCCAACACAGAACAUUGCAGCCCAGCUCUUCUCUAGGGCCGGGCCCUCAGCAGGGGGCGGACACAAUCUCCAGAACUAGUUUGCCUGGUGCUCUAGGAAGGGGAGGGCUCCUUGGUGGGAAUGGGCACUGCUGGCCCUGGGGGGCAGGAGCUGGUGGGGCAGAGCCUGGGGGUUCCCUCCCUCUCUCCAGCCCAGGGCCAUUGCACCGGCAUGGAGCUCUGUCCACCCCCGCAAGACAUGGCCCCAUCCCUCGCUGCCUGUCCUGCCUGGGCCCCAAGCCCCAUGCGUGCGAGAACACUGCCAGGGGGCAAGGGACCAGCACCACCUUGACUGCCAGGAAGUGGGGGGCACAGCAUCCUGCCACCCCCCCUGUAUUGCUGCCCCCCAAGCCCUGCCACAUACCACUGCUCCCCCCCACAUUCUGAGCCCCAGAGUCAUGGCCUGGUCCCAGCCCUAUCCUGGAGCGAUGAGAGAGAAGCAACCAGUGCCUGGGUGGGGCGACUGCCCCUGCCCCCAGGGGUGAUGUUCCCUCCGCACGCUGGGGGGCAGGGAAGGCAGCGGGCAGCACGCCCAGGCCAGGGGCACCGCUGCCUUCUGUCCGUUUGAAUGUUUGACCGGUUCUGAGCGUAUCCCGAAUGCAGCCUUUGGUCCCAGCGACCAGACUUUUGUAUUUAAUAAAGUUUCAAAAAUUCA